AUGGCCUUCGCCGCAUGGCUGGCAGGCGAGGCGGUGCACGGCGCAGGGCAGGCCGCGCUGCUGUGGGCAGCCCGCGGUGAGUGCCCAGCCUGCACGUGCGCGCCGGCCCUCACGUGCGCCCCUGGACAGGAGGCGGCGCGCGUGGACUGCCCAGGCGGGUCCCCAGGGUGGGCGCUGUCAGCGGUGGCCCUCGCUGGCGCGACUGGCUUCGCAGGCUGCUGCAGUCAGAGCGCGGGCCUGUGCCUCGUGAUGGCCAGCUCUGCAGCCGCCGCGGCGGCCAGUGGACACCCUUUGGCUCUGGACGGACUCGACGAGGGCGAUUUCAUCCUGGUGCUGUAUCGUGUGGGAGGUGGCCGGAUCUGGCACGAGCGUCUGAUCCUGGCGUUCCAGACGGUGCCGCCCUUCGGGACAGGGGUGUUGACUCCAGAUGGGCACGCCUACGUGGAGGCCAUCAUGCAGAACGGGGCCGACAUCAGGGAGUACGCGAUUCCCGCCGGCGGCGCAGUCGGCGCCGUGGCUGCUGCCACAGCUGGGGAUCAG